GGAGAAUUUGGUCUUAGCUCCAGUGUUUUCAAAUGGAGCAUCAGAUGGUUGUAUGAAUCAUCUUCACUGCAUUAGUGUUGUACAUGGUUAAAACAUCACUGUUGAUUAUUUUAAAUAAAUAAGAACAUGGUCCUUAAACCAGCCCUGUCCCCCCCCCCCUUAUAGAGCCCAAUUAACUUAAUAUUACUGACUUCUAAAACUGCAAAAUAUAAUCUUCACCCACAUGAUCAGAACCUCCUCAUAGUUCUGAAAAAUGUUCUAAAUGAGGAUUCAUGACUUUCUCUUUUUGUUUUCAUCCUGUGCAGAAAUGUUUUUUUUAUUUUUUUAUGUUGGCUAAAAUAUAAAAAUGAAAUGCUAACGUUCAUUUUUCUCCCAACAUUCUUUUUAAUAUCGUGGUAACCUGGGAUGAUUCCGAGCAUCUUUCCUUCUUUCUGUUUGACUCUUUCCUCUUACCAGUAGGUGGAGCUUGAUUCCUUUGGCUUGAGACAAAGAGAGAAGGAGAUGAUUAAAGAGAGAAGAAAGACAGCAAGAGGAGAGGCAGGGAUGAGAGGGAGGGAGGAGAGAGCAAGCGUCAGCACUCCGUGUGUUAAAAGGGCAGAUGGUAACCGCGGGUAACUGAGGAGCAAACCACUCUGCUGGCCACAGAACGAGGGAUCAGCAGAGGGAAAGAGGCAGGGAGGAGGAGAGGCAGCACAUGCAGCGCAGCAAAGGAGAGGGAUUCAGAGAGCAGGCUGCACGCCUGCUCCGACAACCAGGAGGAGACUCAACACUUUUACUCACUGACAAGACAACAGAGAGCCAAGAGAGACGAAGAGGGAGAGCUGGGACCGCAGGAGACCGGGAGACAGUGGGAGGCUGAGAGGAAAAAGUGUCCCCUGCCAACACUUAAGAGAUCCAGCAGGAAAACGAGGCAGGGAGAGCGGGAGGAGGAAGAUAUUUAGAGGAGCUGGAAGACUGAUCAAUAAGCAGCUGAGAUUUCAGGAAGAAUUUGGACUCCGGGAAAAGAGGACCAUCAAUGACAAGGAAAGAUUGAUGAAUGAGAGAUGGGGAGCUUAACAUCUAUAGAGACAUACUGACGAGUGAGGCGAAUUCAAGGGAGAAAAGAGGAGUGCGCAAAAGAAGUGGAGGGGAAAUAUUUACAAAAGGGAAAGAAACUUCUAAAACUUGGAGAAGACGUCGGAGCAGCUGAAAAAAAGUUCAACUCUUCUGCUCCCUUCUUCUUCCUCACAAAGCCCAGCAGCAAAGAGACUUCAACCAGAGGAAAGUUUGAUUCAAUGGCGUGCUACUACAUCGUGAUCAGCUCCACCCACCUCCGUGACGGACAGCUGAGGAGCAUCAAGGGGGUGUUCAGAGGACCAAUCGGAGCCAGUGGCCACAAAAGCACGGAGGAAGCAGACUCGCGCUUCUACUGUGAGCUCUGCAACAAGCAGUACAUGCGACAGCAGCAAUUCGACAACCACAUCAACUCCUACGACCACCACCACAAGCAGCGCUUGAAGGAGCUGAAGCAGAGGGAGUUUUACAGAGCGCUGGCCUGCAGGAGGCAGAGGAGGCGCAGGGGGAAGAGAGAAGAGAUAACACUGAAGAAGGCGCAUCACUACGAUGAGACGAGGACAGGAAAUUGUGCUCCAGGUUCUGGUCCCAUGUUCCGCUCUACCACUGUGGCGGUGGACCCAACCGAUCAGUCCAGACCGGACUUUCAGCAGAACUGGGCUAAUUCAUCCCCCAGCAGCGCCUCACUGGGAACAAAACCUCAGAGCCCAUUCCUGACUCUGGACCUGGCUCUGGAAACCAGGCUGCUUCACCCUGGGUGGACUUACCAACAAACGAAGGCAGACAACAAGAAUGGGGAUUCUGGCAUUGUCUACUGUGGCCAGCACCCAGCGGACCGUGACAUGGGCUCGGGUCACACCGGAACCAGCCCCUGUGCCUCCACUGCCACAGCCAGCCACUCCCUGUUCAACCAAACAGUCAUGACCAGCAACUGCAGAAAGCCCCCUGACACAAGUUCAGUAGACACUACCAUCAGCAGCAGGAUGCUCCUCCCAGGUGCCAGCAGGCUCCGCCCCGUCUCUUUCUCCCUGCCCAAACGAAGCACUGUCCUGCUGCACCAGGCAGCCGCCAUCUUCAUGCAGCCUGGACUAGUUUCAAAUUUAUCAGGGAAACCCGGACCUGCGACCACAGCCAAAGGACCCUCAAGCCUGGGGGGUGGAGGAACCGAUGUGGGGCUUAAAUGUCUAGUAGCAACAAAAACUGCAGGUGUGAAUCAUUUCAAUGCAGAAUACUGCCAGAGUGAGGACUCUAAAGCUCAGAGCGGGCCUGCCAGAGCCUCCAUUGCUGUGGGACAGUCCCAUGUUACGUGUUUGGAAGACACAUUACAUGGGACUGGAGCCCAUCUCUCCCUCUUUGAGGGAGGUGGGACUGACGCUGAUGGGAGCCCAUUAAAGAGAGGCACGCAGGUUUCUGAUGGUGGGAGAUCCCAUUCUGCACUGGGAGUCAGUUUGGACUGUCAGAUAGGUGCCAAACCAAAGCCACUUAGGUCAGAUGUCAAUCCACAAACCUCCCACUCUGGUGUUCUUCCACAUCCAGCUGAUGCCCAAAGAACAUGCUACUCUGCAUCUGCCCCUCCAACUCGCUCCAAGGAGCCUUUCUGCCCUGUCUUGAGCCGUGAUUGUAGCAGGGUUUUUCUCUGGCCAACCGAGAUGAUCAACUACACCAAGAACUCCCCCCCCAUUUCGUACAGUGUCAACCCUCUACUGUAUGACUUCAGAGCACAUAGCAAGGCCAAAUAUGAUAGGGCUGGGAAAGGAGCCGGAGCACAGGGAGGGGGGCAGAGAAUGAAGCCUUCUGACUGCCAAAGGAGGCGAGGAGACGAGGACGGGGGAGGAGAGGGAAAGAUGGAUGAAGGGGAGGAGGAGGGAAGAGAAUCAGGAAGUCCUGAGGACAGGUGUGGUGCCACCACCUCCACUCUGGAGGGGUCAGGCUGCCCCCAUCAAUGCCCUAUGAAAUGUGUUCCCAUCGCUCCUGAGUGCCUCACUGUAACCACAUCAGGCCAUCAAAAAUCCCAAUGGAGGAGGAGGGGGAAGAAGAAGAGGGAUGGAGGCAAGAGAGGAAUGAGGAGGAGAGGGAGGAGGAAAAGUAGGAGAACAGGCAGCAGAACAGGCUCUGAAAGGGGACGGAGGAGUGUGGGUGCAGAUGAGAUGUUUGAAGUAAAAAGAGAUGAGGGAGUGAGAAGAAAGAGUCCCCCUACAGAGGAGAGGAGAGAAAAGGAGCACAGUAAUCUUUCUGAAAAUCUACUGGUGGGAAGAAAAGAAAAGAACAUGAGGGGGGUGGAGGAAAGGAUAAAAGGAGAUCAGACGGACCGAGAGGGGCCAGGCUGGAAUGACAAGAAGAAGGGCGAGCUAUUAAGUAAUCUUGCAGUGAGCGGGUGUAAUCGCUGGAACCAGCUGUGUCUGCAGGUGGAAAUGGAUCAGGCACAGCAAUCAGCCUCAGGGUGGGGCCAAGGGCUCAGAAAGCUCCUCUGCGGGGGCACAGAAUGUAGCUCAGUGAUUAGCCCUGUCCACAAGCCUGUGGUACAGAUGCCAUGCUGUCCUGCAAUUACAUCUGGCCCUUCCGAGAAAGCCGCAGAAAACGGAGAAAGAAAUGCCAAAGCGGACAAGGAGGACGAGGAGCAGAGGAAUCUGAGGAAGACCCAGAUAAGAGCUGUGCGGGAUACCCAAGAACAAGUCUGCAAACCACUGAUUAGUUGUGUUACUUUUACCCGUCAGGACUCAGCUCACCGGAGGGAAAUGAAUUUUCUUCCUGAACGUUACAGAGCAGCAGAGUGCGAUCCAGCGAUUACCCCUGUCCCUUCUUCUUUAACAGAAACAGACUGUAAUCAAAGACAAACAAUAACUGCAGGACAUGGCGCCCCCUCCUGCCGCUUUGCACAACAGAAAGAAACGGAGCCGAGGAUUAGAGCGGCAGACAUUAUCCUCCCCAGUGAGGAGGCUUCAGAGACGUGCCACAGGGUAGCAGCCACCAAGAGGGUGGGGGCCCAGCAGGAGUCAGCAACGCCGAGGAAGAAGAGGAGAAGAGGAAGGAGACAGACAAGGAGAGCUGCUGUUCCAGAGCAGGCUGCUGGUUUCAUAUCGGACCUCAGUGAGCCAGAGUCUUCUCCAGACCACGUUCAGACUCCAGGUUUAAACAUCUUUUACACAAAUGACAGCGCCUCCGCAGGCCUGGAGGGGGGCAACUGUUCCUGCAACAGUCUCAUAGAGCAGAGUCAGGGGGGAGGGACGACUGAACCCAAUGAUGGAUGUCACAAACUCCUCACACCGGUUUCCAAUGCAGUACACUGGAGCACAGCAGCUGCUUCUAACAGAGGGAAGGAUUUCACCGACUCAACGGACGGACAGCCUGUCAAUCUGACCAAUACACUCUCUGACUUCACGUCUGGGGGGGUCAGUCAGGAUGCCAGGUACGUCUGGAGCAAUGACCACGGAACUAAAGCAGAACCUGUUGAAAAGAGUGUGGAGAGGUGGGGAGAUAAGGAGGAAGACAGGAGGCGUGUAAAGGGGAGACAAGAGGAGCGGUUCAGAGAGACUAAGAAGGAGAAGAUAGAAAGGGAAAGGAAGAAGGAAGUAGAGUUUGAGCAUCUUUUUACAGAGAAGACGUCCUCGUUUCCUCAUCACCUCCCUCAGCAGUGCAUCCCUCUCAAUGCUCCUCUCCUUUUUCAAACACCUUUCUCUUCUCCUUCCUCUUUCUCCUUCCAUCACACCAUAAUCCAGCAUAAUUUCUCCCUUCUUCCACCUCCAUCCCCCCUCCCUGCUCUCUCCUAUCCUCACAUUCUUCCCUCCUUCUCUCCUCUUACUCUUGACCCACCUCCUGCUGCUCCUCCUCCUCCUUCCUCUGUCUUUACAUCUCUCCCCUUUCCUCUUCUGGAUCAUCCUGCUCCUUAUCCUUUUAUGCAAGCCUUUCACCCUGUUUCUGGUCAUCCCCCAUCCCCAUAUCCUCCUCUCCUGCCCCUACGGGUGCUGUUCUGAGAGUAACACCAGCUGAUGCUCCCAAAAAAACCUCCAUCCGCAUUUCUACUCAUCAGAGAACUGUUUAGAAACAGAAGUGACGGUCCAAACUUCCCAGCUUCAAAAAAUGUUGGCUAAUUAUCCUCAUCAGCUGUAAUCCGGCUGUAGAUGAGGCUCAGGUGUACAGGCGCUGGAUCACAGUGGGGACACACAGCUGGCUCUGUUUCUCCCACAAAUCUUUUUUUAGUUGAAAUUUGCACCCAUGAUUGCCUGCAAGGCAUGCUGGGGGUUUUCUGUGCUUAAAGAAGUGACAUCUCAUCACAAAACACAGGCUGUCUGCUGCACUUAAGUUUACAUUUCUUCACUGGACAACAACUGUGUCUCCAGCUCCUGAUUCUCAGGCAAACAUGCAGAGCUAUGUCUCAUUGAAACACAGCGUCUGGAAAGCCUGUAGUUGUGGGAUGACUUGUCAAAGAAGAGAAAUCGUUUCCAUGUAGAAGAUGGAUUUAGAUUUUUGCACACAGAGAAAUAGCAUCCUUUACUCUUUGGGUCUCUCAUUUAGGCUUUCUCUACUGUAGAUGAAACUGACAGAGCAUAGCAGUUACAUCCUAGUACUGUCCUCCGUACAUUAAAACAGUUUUUCUUCAAAAGAAUUGUAAACAAUCAAAAAAGAGCAAAACAAUCUAGUUUACUGAUGUGAAUUUGGUAUUAGUAGUCACUGUGAAUCACUUUCUUCACAUUUCUGCUUUUAUUGAUCCUUAUAUCAAAUAACUAAGAAUGAUUUUAACCAGAAUAAACAAGAUUUAAAAAAAAAUAACAGAAAGUUUUCGUCUUUUGUCACCAAACUUCUUAAGCGAUACGGUUGUGGACUGAAGCAGGUUGUUUCUGAUGUCUGAUCUGUGAACCUGAUAACAGUCUCAGCUGGUGAGAUUCUCCUCCAUGUUGAUUUUGCACUCGACCUGCUAAUCAUAUCAACAACAUGUUACUGGUCAAAGCUGAGUCUGCGAUUGGUUAACACGAUACAUCUUCUUUGUCAAAGUUCUCAACGCUCGAAAUCUGCGCCUGCCAGAUGUCAGCGUAGUCCCCGAAGCUUAAAACGUGCCGUAGAUCAUGUCGGGGCAUUGACUUAACAAAUCAUGUUCAAUGUGAACCCAGCGAUCCUGUUUGGAUCUGUUGUAAAAGUGUUCCCAGAGGUCCUUUAGUAAUGAAUAAGUCAAAAAUAAACCAAAAUCAAAAACCUUCUAGGGCUUCGUUUCUACAGAGCAGCAGGAGUUCAUCACCUCUGAAUUUAGACUGUUGGUGCGGAGUAAGCCUGCCCUCUUUUUCAUCAGUCAUAAGUUUCCUUCUCCCCUGCUAGCUUACAGCCCCUCACAAUCCCAAGCUAACAUUAGCGGUACAACAAAAAUGGUUAGUAAUAUCAUUUCUAUCCAGCCGUACAGUUCUGAUCCAGAUUCCAGCUCAGACGAGGAAAACAAAGACGUUCAUGGAUCUAUUUGUCUGGUAGUGGAUGAUCAGAAUGGAGUGGAGCAGGGAGCUUGUGGUUCCCACUGUAGCAUCUGGGUCACAAAUACCAAUUUCAUCUGCUCCUGAUUUACAAUGAUUUGAGUAAAUAAAUUAUCAGAAAAGCAAUUUUAAGCAUUAUUUUCCAUGUUCUUCAUCAUGGGAAAAAUUCCAUCAGUUUAUCUUUAAAACACAAAAACAUUUUCCUUGGAGUGGGUCUUUAAGGAUGUUUUUCUUCUUUGUUUUUUCAUUUUUUGAUUGCUUCAUCCCAGCUCUGCAGCUGAUUUUGGCUCUGGGUCUGUUAUAAAGCAACACCAAUGCCCCCCCGCCCCCCCCCAUGCUGUCAGUCAAACAAGAAGAUCCGUCCUCUUCUACGGUGAGGAUGUAGAGAUGCGGCACCUCCGCUGGAACGUCUGGCUUCAUGUGAGCAGAUUAUUUUGCUGAGACGAAAUAAUCCCACGUUCCAAUUCCAAAUCAUAGGCAGACAUAUUUUAAAUAAGAGCAAGCGUGCACCCCAAUCACCAAACACCCACAGCAGAGCCCCCACAUCCACAGACUGACUGUUUGCACACAGAUGAUGACGCGUACAUUUAAAUUCUGAGGUUUGUUUUGAGAUGAGCACAGUGCUUCUUUAAUGUAUUUUUGUAGAUAACCUCAGAUGAUAGGGGUUGUUUUUAUAUCAUGUGUGUCACUAAUCCUUCCUUCAUGUCAAAGGUUUGCAGACUGAGAAGACUGUGUGUAACCUGGACAAACAUCUGCAUAGAUUCUGUCUCUGUUAAUGUAAUUGAUGAGGUCAUCCAUCUUGAGAAAUUAAAAAUAAAGUAGAAUUUCUGACA